CAGGUCGAGUUUCGGGUCUGUACUAGUAGCUGGGGGGGGGGCACAUCGGAAGCCUUUAAACUUGCAGGUAGGGUAGUUCACCACCGUUUCAGGUAUAAACCCCACGAAGAUGCCUGGUCCAUUCGGCUGGGCGACACGACUGUGGAGAUGAUACGACACAAGCAACUCCGUGGAAAAGGUAGCGCUAGCUAGCUGCUUGGCUAGCUAUCUAGCUAAGUAGUUAGCUAGUGUCCCCCGAUGAACGGCAGGGCGACGUUGGUGCCUGGCAGUUACCAAGCUGAACGAACUUGCAUUGGCAGGGGAAAAGCAGCUUUUCGUGACCCCACCCCUGUGAAAAGCCCCAGGAUGCCGAAGGAGCAGGCCUGCACGUUGGAGCGGGGGGGCCGCUCCUCCAGCAAGAAUGCCAAGGACAAGAGCAACAGCGCCGCCCUGCUGGCCUCCCGCGGCAGAGCGGGCAGGGAAGAGGAGGCCCGUGGGCGUGCCUCGCAGUGCAGCUCAGAAAAGGAUUCUGGGUACUCUGAUGCAGGGUCAGACUCACUGGAUGACCAGCGUAGCAGUGUGAGCGAGCCCCAGAGGAGAGGAGGGGGUGGGGCUGGCACCCCCCUGCCCUGCCCGGGGGAACUCACCCCCAUCUACAUCAUCAAGAACCUGGUGCUCAAACAGCCCCUGGCAGUGCAGUCCGGCUCAGAGCAGCUCCUGCCCGGUCAGCUGACCUGGGGGGGCGGGGCUGGCCACAGCUCCCAGGGCCCCGCCCAGCUCCUCUUCAUUCAGCAGCCGGGCCCCGCCCCCCUGCGCGUCCCGAAGCCCCCGUCCCGGAGCGGGGGGGAGAGGGGCGGCAACAAGAACGGCAACAAGAACAGCAAGGGGACCAUCCUGAGCUCCUACCCCCGCAUCGCACCCCACCCCGGCAAGAAGAGCCCGGAGCCGGGCAAGGGGAGCAGCGAGGCGGGCGUGCGCGAGGGGCAGAGCUUGAGCAAGAGGGUAUGCGUCGAGGAAAGGAGAGAGGCGGUGUCCACCACCUCCCAGAUGCACAAGCACCACCACCACCACCACCACCCCACCAAGCAGCAGGAGGGCCGGCCCCACGCCCACCCCCGAGCCCCCGCCAGCACCAGCGCCCAGCACCGGCCCCACCGCGCCCAGACGCCCCCGGGCCCCUGCCCCUCCGUCUCCAGCUCCCCAGGCCCCCGCCGCAGCGCGGGGUCCCCCUCCGUCUCCAGCUCCCAGGCGGCCGGGGCCCCGAGCUCCCCGGGCCGGCAGCGGCGCUUCCUGAACACGGUGGAGAUCCUGAGCCAGUCGGGGCUGCUGGACGCGACGCUGCGCACGCAGGAGCUGCUCCGGCAGAGCGCCGCCACGGAGCGCGACAUCGCCCAGCUCCGCCGCCACGCCCAGCUGCUGUGCCGCGCCGCCCGCGCCGGGCCCCGGGCCCCCGAGGCCUGCGGCCGCCUGCUGCGGGCCAUGGCCCGGUCCGGCUGCUACCCCGCCCUCAGCGGCCUGGCCCCGGGGCCGGGGCUGCGGCCUGAGGGGGAGGAGGCCGUCGCCGUCGCCGGCGCCGGCGGCAACUCGGCUGCCAAUGGGAAGAGCAGCCCGGUCGCCGCCCUCGCCGACCGCGACAAUGAAGCCGCCCCGCCUUCCCCUCUCCUUGCCCCCACUCCUGACCCGCCCCUGGAUUACCUAGAGGAGGUGCUGCAGGUCGCCCCCAGUCAUGGCCUUGCCCCCAGGGACCACAGGGCCAAGUCCCCCCCAGAUAUCAUCAUGCCGCCGGACAGCUCAACCAGUGGCUGCCUGCUCUAACGCCCAGCACGGAAUGGCCCUCCCCCUCACACAACGCAGUGAAACGCAGUGAAACGCAGUGAAACGCAGUGAAACGCAGUGCCGCUCACCUCGUCAGUUUCUGUCUUAAUUGGCUCUUGUUCUGGAUGCUUGACUUAGAUAAUAGAGAGGCGUGAGAAAUUUGAAGGCAACAAGAAUUGUGACAUGCCGCAUCACUGUACUGCUUCUUCUCCUGACCUGCUGGCACUUCACAACGCGUUCGCCUGCAGCUUCCUUAAGAUGGGUCAGUAGAUCCCUUAAGACGGAUCAGUAGAUCCCUUCAGGGAUCGUUCCUGCCCUCCUCGCCUUGUGUGAAACUGCUCUUGACAUGAUCCGGUUCGCUGAAGAAAAGGAAUUCUCUACUGUGUAGCUUCAUUUCAUUUUGGUCCAGCGAGAGUGAACAGGUGAUCAAUGGCAUCCUCUGUGGUGGGGUGGAGGGUCUCUCCCAACACUGUUCACAGAGCCGUUCUGUUUGAAACAGUCAGAAAAGGGGUGCACUGAUGAUUUUCAAGACCACACAGGGGGAUUUCAGGGGCCUAACCAGGACCUUGAGGUGGGAUAUUUGGCUGUGCUGUACUUUUGUUUUUUUCUUUUUUCUUUCAUUUAGUAAUUUAAUUGAGGAUUCAUUUUGGGUGCUUAUUAUGCUUCUAAAUCACACUUUAAUUCUUAAAGAAAAUAUGAAAGACCAUUCAUUCAUUCCCCUCCUAAAUUAAUUGCAACUGAUGUUCUCAGUAGAGAAUGAAGUGACAUACAGCCAUGGAUGUGGAAUAAAAUACUGAGAACGAGUGGAAGCUACAGCCCUGUUUGUGGCCAUGAUGGCAUCCGCCAAACCUGGCCUUUAUCCUGCCACACACUCCCCCAACUGAGGUUUGGAUCUCAAACUCCAAACAUCACAUCCAGGAGCAAGGCCACGAGGGAGGGUGCGUGGUGGGGAGAGCUCACAGGAGAGGUCAAACGGACACGAGCCCCACCCUGAGCCCCACCCUGAGUGAAACCGUGUGCUCCUGUACGCUGGACUGUAUGGACUAAGCCAGCUCCUGUCUUGGGGAAGAGAGCAUCAGUAACAUCAGAAGCCACACGAGUGCUGGCAGGUUUUUAUAAAAAUCAGUGCAGCGAUUGCCUCUGAACCUGUUCGAACCUUGAUUUGUUUGAAUUCCUUAAGACGUUCUUUAGCAAAGGCUGGCCACAUUGCCAGAGAUGGACUUGCUUUUUCUGACCAUUACUGCUUAGUUUUUUCCUUCUUGACACAACAGCCAACAAGCGGAGCGUCAGUCUCAUGCAAGACCAAGUUGCGCACUGUAGCUAGUUAUUGUUUGGAUUCCACAAAGUCUGGAGAGAAUAAACGCUUCAGUCUAUGAGUGUUUAGAGAGUUUGGGUGCAAGUCUACAACACUUCCUAGCAAAGCUACUGUUUGUAUACACAAAAAAAAUACAAAUAAAUAAGCUUCUUCUA